AUGAAGGCUCAGGCACGAGAUGAAGAUUCCACACCUCGCCAUACCAAUUCAGGCAAUGUGUCCACCAGGAGCAGCAAACCAGAUUCGACAACCCAAAUAGACCGGGCGUCUCACGACAUACACGCAAUGGACGCAUAUCAUGAUAAUACACAAAAGCUGAGCCGUUCGUUUGGUAGUCUUCAUGUUUGCGAAGAAGGCACGCUGUAUACCAGUAACGGCUUUUGGACUGCUCUUCAUGGCGAGCUAAGAAGUGUCCGCGAAGCAUUCGAGACCAGCGACAUCAUCGAUUUAACUGCUUUUGAAGACAGUCUCUCGGCAGACGAGGCAGAAUCUGGUCAAAUACCCUUCACCUUUAGCCAAAGCAAUCCGCUUGAAUCUGCAUUUCAUCCGGCGCCACAUCUCCUGUCUUAUAUCUGGCAGGUAUAUAUUGAGAAUGUGGAUCCUUUUAUCAAGGUCCUUCAUGUACCAACCAUGACUGAAGUAAUUCGGCGCGCCGAAGCCGGCUUUGAUAAGCUAUCCCCAGGGAUGCGCUCCUUAAUCUUCUCUAUCUCUCUAGCAGCCGUUAACUCACUGAGCAACUCUGAUGUGCAAGAGGCGUUCCAUGACGCCAAAGAAACGGUUCUCUCUAACCUUGUGCUCGGAACAGAGAAGGCCUUAUCACAAGCUGGUAUCCUUAAGACGACUGACCUAUGCGUUGCUCAAGCAUCUCUAAUCUACCUCGAAAGUGCAGGCCAUCGGUAUGGCAUGCGGACUGUGUGGAUGAUGUCUGGUAUUUUGGUAAGGGCCGCGAUAUCGGUAGGGCUGCAUCGCGAUGGCGCUACCUUUCCAAGCGUCUGUUUUUUCGAAGCGGAGAUGAGACGAAGAUUAUGGUGGCAUAUUUGCUGUUUCGAUGCUCGUGUCAGCCAAUGUUAUGCUCCUGAAACUAUGAUAUCCAACAGCAUGUUGGAUACCAAGGAGCCCACAAAUUGCAACGAUGCGGAUCUUGAAGUCAACAUGACCAAAGAGCCAACUGCGCGGGAGGGCUUUACAGAUGUGAGUUUUACUCUCAUGGCAUGUGAGCUGCGGCGUCUGUGCAAUCAUGUGCUCUCUUCAUUGUCCGCUCUGUUGGCUUCUGGGGACAAGCAGCAGGCAGCGCAAUGUGUCGCAUUGCGUAAGAUAGAGGAAGCACGAGAGUGGGCGACCGCCCAAUUUUUUGGGAACUCUGGCCCAGGGCGUGCUAUACAACACUUUGCCGAAUUUUUCUUCGGCAUGCUCCUGGAUCACCUCAGCAUUAUUGUGCGAGAUACGAAUAUAUUUGGGAAAGCGGCAUCGGCCGACCAGACAGAUCUUAGAGACAGAUCAUUUUUGUCCGCCGUAACUCUCAUUGAGAACAUGCGGAAAUGGCGAUAUCAGUCCUCAACACAUCAAUGGGGAUGGGUUCUGAUAAAUUUCCAGCAAUGGUAUGCUAUCGGUAUCGUUCUUAUCCAUCUCCAGACACAGACAUGGGACUCUGGGUGUGAACGAGCUUGGAGUCUCGUAGUCAAGACCCUAAACGAAAUCCCCCCGGCUAUGAUGACGCAAAAUCCUCUACGAGAGUCUAUAGUUGGCAUGGUUACCGCUACACGCCAGCACCGGGAAGAACAGCUCGCACAGCAAAGUACUCAACCAAGAAGCCAUGACAACACAUCUCUGAUGCCGCAAAUCUGCGCUCCAAUCUCUACCCCGGCAGGCUUUUGGUGUAGCUCUUCUGGUGUGGAUUUACCAACAGAGCUCUCUAUUAAUACAUAUGCAGCAGAGGGCGAGAUCACAGAGCCACUCAACAUACCGCUGAACACAAAGCCUGUAGAAAUACCGCAAGGCAACUUCUCCGACAAUUGCUUUUACCAAGAGGACAUUCAUUCAGAGAUAAAUUAUCCCCCAUGGUAUGUGGAAUCAGCGGAUGAUGUAGAUACUAUGGAAUCCAAUUUUGGGAGCCUGCAGCAAUUAUUCUUCAAUAGCCUCCUGGAUAGUAAUGGGGGCUAUAUGCCGGUGUGA